AGACAGUAAACAAACCUCUACUUCCGCGAUGCUAGCAGGCUAACCCAGCGGCUGAUACACUUACAUGAAGUACCCAACACACCUUUUUAAAUAUAUAAAAAAUUUCCCGGGUUUAUAAACACUCAGUAACAGUGUCGUAGAGGCGUUUUUAAUUCAUGGUCUGACCCAGUUUGCGAUUAGAUUAUGGCAGGUAGAAAAAGAAAGAAGCUAGUAUUAGCAGCAGCACCUGAACACGACAAACAGACGGGACUUGAAGCUGCUAAACUGAAGGAGCCAAUUCAGAGUAAAAAUACUGCGGAACGAAGCCAUUACUUCAUGAAGAAUACCCUGCAGCACAGGCUGGGAAAGGACUUCUUCAACCAGCCAUGCAUUAGUUUGGCUAAAGCAUUCCUCGGCAAGGUUCUGGUCCGCAGGUGUGAGGAUGGUACUGAGCUGCGAGGGAGAAUAGUGGAAACUGAAUCGUAUCUCGGAGGGGAGGACAUGGCCUCACACUCAGCAGGAGGCAAACGCACAGAGAGAAACACAGCCAUGUUCAUGAAGCCGGGCACGAUCUAUGUGUAUCCAAUCUAUGGCAUCUACCUCUGCAUGAAUGUGUCCAGUGAAGGGGAGGGUGCUGCCGUGCUGCUGCGUUCACUUGAGCCCCUGCAGGGUCAGCCCGUCAUGAGGCAGCUGAGGGCAGCCAGACGCAAAGAGGGAGCCCGUCCACUGAAGGACAAAGAGCUCUGCAACGGGCCUUCGAAGCUGUGCCAGGCUCUAAAUAUACCGCGCUGUUUUGACCGUCGAGACUUAGCCUCAGACCCGGAGGUGUGGCUGGAGGGGGAUCCGGACACAAGUCCAGCAAAACCCCAGGAUAUCGUAUCUGCACCGCGUAUUGGAAUCGAAUCCCACGGGGAAUGGGCCAAGAAACCAUGGCGGUUUUAUAUUCGCGGGCACCCCUGUGUUAGUGUGAAUAAAGAGGCAGAGAGUGAGUCUCUGUCUGGAAAAGCAAUGAACGAUUUAGGUCCCUCAGAUGUGCAGCCUGACACAGGACAGCACAAUGUCAAAAGGACGUAACAGGAAUAUUCCUGAAACUACUCUGCCAUCUGUUCUCUUUGUGGAUACACUACAUCUCAUGCAUAUGAAAUGAAUACUUUUUGAAAUUAUUCCAUUCUAUUUUUAGAAUUUUGUAGUUCUCUUACUAAAAUAGUGGAAUAAAGUGCAUGAUCUGCUGUAA